GAAUUGCAUUAAUAAAAAUUUUGUGAUUUUGGUUUAUUACGUCAACGGGGCAAGUCGAAGCAGGCAGGGAUACCGCUAUAGCUUACAAAUAAAGGUUUUAGAUGAAUUUUACAGAAUGCACAUUUCUACGAGAACAGCAGUUUUAUCCGUGAUAUUAUACUUAGCAUCUAAAACGCAUUCAGUUAUAACCCCAAGUUGCCCGCCGAAUCUGUAUAUUCACCAAUUGGCUGACAACACAUUUCAGUGCUGCAGAUAUUGCCCUGCAGGUACACAUGUCACAAGCCAUUGCAAUAAUGGAAAUGUUUCCAGCUGCCAGGAAUGCCCAUAUCAGCACUUCUAUGAAGAACAGAAUAAAAACACUGGUUGUUAUAGAUGCAGUGAAUGUUCUGAGCUAAUGGUGAUGAAAUUCCCCUGCACUACUACUACGGAUACUAUUUGUGUUUGCAAAGAGGAACAUUAUUAUAGAAGCCUAUUCCGAACAUGUACCAAGUGCAGUACUUGCAAAGAAGGCUAUGGAGUUGUGCAGGAUUGCUCCCACUCAACCAAAAGAAUUUGCCAGCAAUGUGUCAAGGGUGAAACUUUUACUAACAAAGAGAACACAAAAUGUCGAAAAUGCUCUUACUGUGGAAUAAAUGAAUUUAAAGUUGCUAACUGCACAACAACACAGGAUACAAUUUGUAGGGAAGUUGCAAGGCAACCUGAAAGGUCAAUGACACUUGUAAUAGUCUUGGUUGCUGUUACACUGGUUAUUUUAAUAGUUUCACUAAUUGCAUGUGCCUUGUCAAGGAAAAUGCGACCUCAUUGCUGGUCUAGAGAUGCAUCAGCAAGUAAUGGAGAGAGUGAACGAAAACCAACACCAUCUUCAUCAACAGGUGGUCCUUCACCAUCAUCAGAGGAACAAACACCUUUACGUAUAGUUAUUCCAGCUAAAGAUUCAUCUUCAGGUGGUCCUUCACAAUCAUCAGAGGAACAAGAACCUUUACGUAUAGAAAAUCAAGCUAAAGAUUUAUCUUUAGAUAAAGGGCUGGAUAUUAGAAAACUUCCAUAUGAUGUUUUUGAAGAGUUAGCAAAAUUGCUAGACCCAAAAAUUUAUUUUGGGAAGAAUUGGAAAAGUCUUGCAGGUUUGUUGAAAUACACACAGAUUGAAAUUGAAAACUUUAAUCGUCCUGGUGAUUCUCCAACUUUACAACUACUAUGCGACUGCAGCUCACAAAUGAGAUGCUCAGUCCAGCAGCUUUAUCAAUUGUUCAAAAGGAUGCGACGUGAAGACUGCGCAACACUGCUUGAACCUCAUUUGAGUUCAUCAGAUUCGGAAGUUCAGCCAUGGUCGUAUUAGAGGGACGAGGCAAUAUCCAGUCUUAUGCAGAUGAUGCAUCCGUUCUGAAGUUUUGGCCCUAACAAACCUCACAUGAAAAAGCUGACUUGCCAUAGGUCCGCAGUCCCUAUCGCAUGUCUUAGAGACAGUUGUACCACCAUGUCUCAUUGAAGUUGUAUUUGUGACCUGCUUGACAUCACUAAGCAAAAUGGAAGGUCUUCACACAGAAUGAUAUUCCAAGCCCUUAUGCAGGAAUAUUUUACUGUCAUCAAUGGAUAGGUCAAACUUGCUAAGAAUCACUGGAUGUUUUAGUCUGUUUUCUGCAAUCCAUCAGUUACCCAUUCCAUAACCCUAUUCAUUAUUAUAGCCAGUAACCUAUCUACAAUGGUGUUUUUUUUAGUUUAUUUAGAGGUGUCUUUCAUACAAUUUUGGCUUAACUAAUCUACACUGUUGGAGAUGAUGCGUUUAACAUCCAGAUGAUAAAUUAUCACUGUAAAGGCACAAAAAGCAUAAGGUGCUGAGGGUCAUUUUAGCUCAUGUUACAGCAUAGGCUGAAUAGUACAUAAAGCCAUAAGAGAAGUAUAUUUUUGGUAGAUGGCAACUGCAGGCUGACUGACAAUUUUUCAGUAGAGCAAUAUUAAAGUUAUUGUCAGCCUUCAGGUUCUGCCUUUAUUGUAUUUUAAGAUGCUGUUAUGAGCCACAUUUGUAUCUCCUAGCAAUAAUUCAUAGUACCAUCAUACUCUCAGAAAAUUUCUCUUAAACCAGUAUGGAAACUGUUUGGUGUCAUCCUCUGCUAAACACCAUGGCCUAUUCACCAAUAAAAGGUUUGAAUCUGCUGGGUUUAAAAUCUUCAAAAAAUCUAAAAUUUGUAAAAUAAACUGGAAUUCUGGUGGUAUAGAUAUAUAGCCAGGGGCUCCCUCCACCCCUCUGCUAGAGGUUUGUAAAGGGAUUGUACAAAUAAUAUCCUUGCAGGAUAUGAUAUAUCAGAGUUUUGGUACUUGAGUUAUUUUAGUAACUGUAAACGUAGAUAUUUAUAUUUUAAGUUUUGUACCUGGAUUUCACAUGCAUGUUUAGAAGUAGUUUAGAAAUGUUCUGUAAGAAUUCAAUGUUUUCCACUUGUUCAAGAUGCAAGCACAUUUUAAGAAGUUUUCUUACCUUUGAUACAGAAGGUUUUAGUUACUAAAUUGCUUGAUAACACUAGGGUUUAAGUGGAAAGUAUCAUCCUUGGUCCUGAUCCCAGCUUCAAGUGGUUCUGUUUGCUCUUCAGUGUGUUUAUCUUAAUGAGUUAUCAGUCAGCUUAAACGCAAACUGGAAAUAACAAAUUAUAUCACUGGCAAAAAUUGUUAAGUUCAUUGAUCAAAGAGUUCUCUUUCAAUUUAUAGUUGAUGCCAAGGAAUAAUAAUGUUUGAGUCGACAUAAUUUUUCAUUUUGAGCCAAUUUCCUGUUGUCAGAAAUGAAUUUCCUACCAUAACUUCUGGUUGUUUUAAACAUAUCAAGCUUAUUGAGAUAUUGAAAUAUGGCAUUGCAAAAUGGGGGUGCUAGAUUCUAGAGCGUGCACGUCAUAUCAAGCCUGAACAAAAUUAUUUGGGCCUUAAAGCUUGCAAAACCUAUCAAUCUUAUCCUCAAAACUUAUCAAACCUGUGACCUAGACUUUAAGUGGAUGUGAACAGUUCAAAAUGUGGAAAAUGGAAUGAAGUGAAAAAUUCUCAAUGUCACUAAAUAUAGUGAAAGAUGUUUACGGGAACCAACCCUAGCAUUCCAGAUGUUUCUCCACCAUUUGGUGCUUUGAAAUAAUGUCAAUCUAGAAGUUGUUGAAACUGUAAAACCUAGAUAAUGCAUAGAAGAACCACAUGUGUAUAUCCAACUUCAAUUAAAACAUCCACUGAAAUAAAUACUUGAUGUUUGCUUCAGUUGUGAAAGAAAGCUCUUAAAACUUUCUCAGAAGUUGCUUGAAGCUUUUAUACAGAAAGUAUGUUUUGAACAAGUUCAAUUUGCAUAUAGGAAGUAGUUUUACUGCAUUUUGCGUUGUGUGUUCUAUGUUAUGAAUUUUUCAGUCUCUAAAUUUCAAUAAUUUAUGGUAGCUUGUGUUUCUGCCAGAAAGCAUGUUCAGAAUUGUUAAAAAAGACAAAUCAAUCAUCCAUCAUCAUGUUAAAAUGCAAAAUAGAAUGUAGUAAUAAUCUAUUGACUUUGUAUAACUAAACUGAGUAAAUUAUUGUUAAACUUAGAUUUUCAUAUGGUUUUUUUACAAAAUCAA